AUGGAAGCAUCCUCCACCACAAACUCAAGCUCCAAACAAAUCCCAGAACACAAUCCUUCAGAAUCAACCCAAAAAACUCAAUCCCUUGAAGAAAAUUCUGCACUCCAAUUUCCAUAUAAUCAGUAUGUGAAAUCUUCUAAAACCACAUCCCAUAAAGAAAAGUUAGUAACAGAACCAUCGAUAGAAAAUGCAGCUGAUUCUGGGAGAGAAAAACUGAAGAGGCACUGGGAUGAAGUGGCUGGGAAAAUGUUUAUACCAGAGAGAUGGAGUCAGGAUGGUUUUCUCAAGGAAUGGGUGGAUUAUUCUUCAUUUGAUGCACUUUUAGCCCCAAAUGGAGUUGUUUCAGCUCGAGAAGCCCUAGUUGCUGAGGCUCGAAGGAGCCUCAAGAAAG